CGCAUCCCUGUGCUGGGCCGGUUGGUUGAUCGCUGUUGCUGCCGCCGUGUGUGUGCUAUUGGUUGGGGGAGCUGAGUUAGAGCAGAACCGAGGAGCUGAGCGAAGACAGACCCCCUUACUGCCCCGCUGCGCUGACACAAACCCUGGGGUCCUGCAGGGUUAGAGGGCAGGAGACCCCCAAACCGGACUGAGAGUGUGUGUGAGUGUGUGAGAGUCAGGACGGCGCAGCUGGAGAAGCAGCAGCAGCAGCAGCCCUACAGCAGCAGCAGCAGCAGCACUGUGUUACUACAGCCAUGGCCUCCGACUCUGGGAGCAACAUGGACAGAGAGAUGAUUCUGGCCGACUUUCAGGCAUGCACAGGAAUUGACAACAUUGCAGAGGCAAUCGCUCUCCUAGAACUGAACAACUGGGACUUGGUGGCAGCCAUCAACGGUGUGAUUCCGCAAGAAAAUGGCAUCUUACAAAGCACUUUCACCAGCGAGGGCUCUCAGACCAGCCCGUUCGGAGAGAACAGCCAAGCAGCAGCAGCAGCCACGGCACCUACAGCACCUCCAUCGAGCGCAGCAUCAUCUUCACCUCCGUCCUCUUCCUCCUCCUCCUCCUCCUCAGCCUUCUGCCCCGUCCUGCCCUCCCGCCACAUCGUGGAGAGACAGCCGCGCAUGCUCAACUUCCACAUAGAGUACCGCACGCGCUCAGUAGAGGUGGUGCUGGAGGAGGCUAGCACUGUGGGAGAAAUCAAGCAGAUUCUGGAGACAGAGCUUCACGUGCCUGUGUCUAAAAUGCAGUUAAAAGGCUGGAAGAGUGGAGAUGUUUCUGACAGUACGGCACUGAGGAGUUUACACCUGCCCAAAAACAACAGCCUGUACGUGCUGACCCCCGACAUCGCCCCCACUGCCACCACCAGCCAGAGCAGCAGCGUCCAGCAGGAGUCGUUAAAUCAGAACUACCUGCUGAUCAUCAGCCACCGGGAAGCGCAGAGAGAGUACAGCCUCAAUUUCCCCGCCACUAGAACCAUCCAGGAGGUAAAAAGGAACAUUUCAGACUUGACGAACAUCCCAGUACGGCAUCAGCAGUGGGAUGGCUGGCCUGCCUCAGCAUCUGAUGACUCGAUGACGCUGUCCUCCUCUGGGAUCAGCUACCCGUGCCAUCACCUGACUGUGUGCAGGAGAUCCUCCCCAGCCGCCACGUUGGAGCCAUCUGAAGAGUGCACUGAUGUCCACAUGGUCAGUGACAGUGAAGGGGAUGACUUUGAGGAUGCGUCUGAGUUCGGAGUAGAUGAAUCAGAAAUCUUCGGUAUGGGAAGCUCGAGUUGUCGGAAGUCUCCGAUGAUGCCGGAGAACAGCGAAAACGAGGGAGAUGCCUUACUGCACUUUACUGGAGAGUUCUCAUCACGAUAUGGAGAUUGCCAUCCAGUCUUCUUCAUUGGUUCCCUGGAGGCAGCAUCUCAAGAAGCCUUUUUUGGCAAAGCCAGAGAUAGAAAGCUCCUGGCCAUCUACCUCCACAACGACGACAGCGUUCUCAGCAACGUCUUCUGCUCCCAGAUGAUGUGCGCCGAGUCCAUAGUCUCAUAUCUCAGCCAGAACUUCAUCACAUGGGCCUGGGACGUCACUAAAGAAGCUAACAAAGCCAGACUGCUCACUAUGUGUACGAGGCACUUCGGAAGUGUUGUAGCACAGACCAUUCGGACGUACAAAACCGACCAGUUCCCCCUGCUGCUGAUCGUCAUGGGGAAAAGAACAUCGAAUGAAGUUUUAAACGUCAUUCAAGGUAACACGACAGUGGACGAGCUGAUGAUGAGACUCAUGGGAGCCAUGGAGAUCUUCACAUCUCAGCAGCAGGAGGACAUAAGAGAUGAGGACGAGCGCGAGGCCAGAGAAACGGUGAAGAGGGAGCAGGAUGAAGCAUAUCGCUUAUCUUUAGAAGCUGAUCGUAAAAAGAGAGAAGCACAGGAACGAGAAGAGGCGGAGCAAGUACGCCAGGAGCGAAUCAGGAAAGAGCAGGAAGAGGAAAGAGAGGCGAUUCGUCUGUCGCUGGAGCAGACCCUGCCGCCGGAGCCGAAGGAGGAGGAAGGAGAGCCGGUCAGUAAGCUGAGGAUCCGGACGCCCAGCGGAGAGUUUCUGGAGAGGCGUUUCCUGGGAAGCUGCAAGCUGCAGGUCCUCUUCGACUUCGUGGCGUCUAAAGGCUAUCCAUCAGACGAAUUCAAAAUCCUCACCACCUUCCCCCGCAGAAAUAUAACACAGUUAGACCCGGCGUGGACGCUGUUGGAAGCCAAGCUCUUCCCCCAGGAGACGCUCUUCCUGGAGGCUAAAGAGUAGAACUGACUCUCGACUGACUGCCCCUGGACAAAUCACCCCGAGCAGCGACGACGAACUUUAGCAUGGUGUCCGCAGAAAAGAGACACGUACACACACACACCCCAUACACACACACACACACACAUACACACACAGUACAUGAAUACCGAGUGUAUGUUGUUGUAUGCACACUGAAGCUUUCACAAGCACAGAGAUACAGAGAAACACAUACACCACAGUUGCAGUGUCACAGUUUUUCUCCGAUCACUGGUAAAUCGAUGGGAAAAAGUUCAAAAAAAGAAAAGAAAAAAAGAGUAAAACAGAAGUGUGGAGACCUAGACCGGCAUCAGCGAUGAUGUUCCUCUACGGCUGCUUUUUAAAACCUGGUUUGUGUUGAAACGAAACAAAAAGUAAUAAUAAAAAUAAAAAAACGACCAAAAAAAAAAAAAGAACAAAAAAAGACGGAAAACGAAAAACAGAGACAUUUCCUGGAGAACGCUGGACUGUCUCCUUCCUCUCGCUCCAUUGGAUCCCUCACUGUUUGGCCACGCCCCUAUGGAGUGCCAGCCGCCGUCCCCAUUCACCCUUUUCUCCUCUAUAAUCCCUGAUCAGACCUGGUUUUAAUCUCAACUGCUCGGAAAAAAACGACAGGUCCCUCAGGUUUUCUUUCGUUUUUUGUUUUUUUUUGUUUUUUCUCCUUCCCUUUUGUCCCUUUAAGUUUGAUGCUGUAUUAGUUUUAGUUUGAUACAUUAUAUAAAAUAUAUAUGAACCUC